UCUUUAUCAAACUCAUUUUUGUGCGCGUUCAAGGACUUUUAUUGUGUAAAACUCGCGCGCGCUGGUUUCCGGCUUCACAGAACAGCAGCAGCAGCAGCAGCAUGGCUCCAGGAGGGAAAAUAAACAGACCCAAAACUGAACUGGGAAAGAAGCUGUUCAAGAGACGGAGAGUUCAGAGUCGAGAGAAGAGGAAGAACAGGAGAAUCAUAGGAGCCGUGAUCGACCGAGACCUGAUCACCAAACACCACCUGAAGAAGAGGAGCUCCAGCUCCAGGGCGAACAUCACUCUCUCGGGGAAGAAGCGCAGGAAGUUGAUCAAGCAGUUGGUGCACAUGGAGCGAGAGAAAGACGAGACGAGGAAACCUCCCGCUGCUGUCGCUCAGAAACCCGUCAGGAUCCGUGAAAAACCUGCGGCGGAAGCGGAAGUGAUGGAUGUGGAAUAGGACUGUGUUUCUUCUGCUUGGACUCAAAAUCCUCUUGUGUCUCCAAACACUAUAAACGUGUGUGUCGAGAAGAAGAACAAACGCUGUGAGAACGACAGCAUGAGUGAUUAUGAGCAGAGACUUCAUUAACAUUAAUCAGCGUCAGUCUUUUCUUCUGGAUCUUCAUCAUUUGCUCUGAUGAAUUAAAGAAGCUGUUGAUGUGUUUAUCAUAGAGACGAUAUAUAAUAUAAUCAUAUAAUAUACAAUACAAAAUGAUGUCACAUGAUCCUUCAGAAAUCAUUCUAAUAUGAAACAUUCAUGAUUAUCAAUGUUGAAAACAGCUUCAGAUUUUAUUCUUCAGGAUUCUUUGAUGAAAAGAAAGUUCAAAAGAACAGCAUUUAUUUGGAACAGAAUCUUUUGUAACAUUAUAAAUGUAUUUACUGUCACUUCUGAUCAAUUUAAUGUUUCUUGAGCAUCAAAUCAUAUUAGAAUGAUUUCUGAAGGAUCAUGUGACACUGAAGACUGGAGUAAUGAUGCUGAAAAUGGCUGUUAUACAUUGUAAAAAUAUUUCACUGUUUUUACUGUAUUUUUGAUCAAAUAAUUGCUAUAAAAACAAAUAAAAGAUUCCAAACACAA